AUGGUAACCAAAUCUGAGAAUGGUGUUCCGUACACCCUUUAUUACAAUCGUUUUUCAAUUUGCUCAUUGAUGAUGCGAUGGCUAGUUGACAUUCGCGGCGAGCCUAAGGACGAGUUAUCGCGGAUGGAUAUUGGCUUGAAGGAGAUCAACAUCUUCCAAGAAGAGCAAUUCAACGAAUGGUAUCUGUGCGAUGUCAACAAAAAUGGCCAGGUUCCGGUUCUUGGUAGCGAUGUUGCCUUCGAUUUCCCCUUGUCCCAAACAACUGCGAUUUCCGAGUAUAUUGCCGCGAGAUACCCGGGGCUCCUGCCCCCUGAGCACGCAGCCAAGAUCUAUGACAUGGUACACAAGAUGCAUGAGAUUAACUUUUUCACACUCUCUUUCAAGGGAAGCCCGGCGCUUGCUUCUGGGUUCGCCGAUGCUGCGCUGAAGCGCCUUGAAGACAAGUCCAUAAGUGCUAGAUACAGGAAAGCAUUGGAAUAUAAGCUUCAAAUCCUGCGCCGCGACAAAGUCAAUGCUCUCACACCUGAAAAAACACAAGCAGAGUUAGACAAAGCACAAGCAUACUUGGAAGAGGUCGCUACGCUGCUAAACCCUAGCGCUGGCUCAUGGCUUUUUGGUCAGAAACGACCGACGGAGCUCGACGCCCACUUGGUUGUUAUGAUUCUUCGCCUUCAGGAUGUCGGUCGCGAUUUCAUUAUUCCUGAUUCCGUGAAAGAGUAUGGAAAGAUAGCGUUGGCUGAGCCAUCUUUCAAAGCAGUCAUGGAAGGGAGAACCACUAUGUAUGAUGGUUCUGGUAGCAAGAAAUAG